ACUACACUGGAAUAGUUCUAUGAGACCACUGAGCAACGUUGCAGUCGAAAUUAUAGGUGGAAGAGGGCAUCAACAAAUUCUCCAAGCAUGGUAUACUGUGGAAAGCCCUCCAAGGGCUGUCAGAUGUGCCGGACGAGGAGGAUCAAGUGCGAUGAGACGAAGCCUACAUGUAACCAGUGUGCCAAAUCGCGUAGGAAAUGUCCCGGGUAUAGGGAUGAGUUCGACCUGGUCUUCCGCAACGAAACACAGGCAACUGAACGGAGAGCCCGGAAAGCCAGUAAGAAGCCACACACGAAUAGUCCAGCAAGAUCGGGUAAAGAUUCUUUGGUAUCUCCAAUGAUAAUCCAGGACAAUAUCGGAUCACUCCUGGGGCAGUCCAUCAUCCCCACGUUGAGUGUAUCUGUGGAACAUCAAGCUAGCUGCCGCUUCGUCUCCAACUUUAUCCUAGAACCCCGAGACGGAAGCGCUCGAGGGUUCAUGGACUUUGUCAUCCCUCUCUUACGGCAGGAGCCCCAAGGCCACUUACGUUACGCAUUCAAUGCGUGCUCCAUAGCGUUCCUGAAUAACCGGGGAGGCGUGGGAGGUAGAUUUUCGGACAGGGCGUUGCAUGAGUACACCAAGGCGCUCAAUGGGACCAAUGCCGCGCUUAGGAACCCCGAGACGCAGUUGGCGGACUCGACACUGGCUGCGGUCUUGUUGCUAGGUCUGUUCGAGAGUAUCACGGCAAAGCAAAUCGGCAUGUUGAAUUGGGGCUCGCAUACCGAAGGCGCCAUACAGCUCGUCAAAGCUCGAGGGAAGAAGCAGUUAAAGACCAAAGUUGGGCUGUCGCUAUUUUCCGCUGUCCGGACCCAAAUGAUCAUCCAUAGCCUCACAUCCGGCACUGCCCCAACAAUGGGUACAAAAUGGUGGAUCGACGAUGCGGUCCGUGAUAGCACGGCAGGUAAAUGUCAUCGUCUCAUGAUGAAGACGGGCGUGUUGCGUGCCGAGAUCGCACAACUAAUGAAUAGUAACAUUGCGCAUUACCAGCACACUCGCUCACCUCCAUCGUCUCCCCUCGACGCAAUGCGUGACAUGAUUCGGCGCGUGCAAGCAGUUGAUGACGAGGUUGUGGGCUGGAUGCGCGACGUGCCACCGGAGUGGCGCUACCGCACAGUAGCCUGGGUGUCGGCCGCGGCCUGCGGGGAUGACCUCGGGAAUGCGGAGGCGUUCCCGGGCCGCGUGGACAUGUACCACGACUUCUAUAUCUCGAGCGUGUGGAACACGGCGCGCACGGCACGUCUCAUACUCGCGAGCCUCAUUGUCCGCUGCGCCGCCUGGUCUUGCCGUCCCGUCGACUACCGUACCACCCCCGAGUACGCCGCCGCCGCUCGUACCUGCGUCGAUAUUAUUACUGAUGUCAUCGCUUCCGUGCCGUACCACCUCGGCUGGCACCUGGGCGGCGGCAGGCGACGACGAGAGCAGGUGCGGGAGGCGGUGGGGGAUUUCUACGGCGACGGGCAUGAAGAAAGGGGGGAGGGAGAAGAAGGCAGUCACGUGAAGGCGCUCGCGGGAUACUUCCUCACUUGGCCGCUGAUCUGCCUCAUCAGCCAGGACUAUACGACGGAUGCGCAGCGCGCGUGGAUCCACGGGCGCCUGAGGUUCAUCGGCGACGAGCUUGGCGUCAAGUACGCACACAUCCUCCGUCGGCUGCAGAUCCGCAUGCCCUCCAUGUUCAUCCGGAGGGACAGUUUCAUGGCGAGGCCGUAUCUGCACCCGCCUCCGCCCCCGUGUCCGUUACCCGGCCUCACGAAGGAGGAUUACCUGCAGCUAGUGCAUGGGAGAAGGGCGGGUACUGGGUUUGGACCUGGACUUGGAGCUGGACUUGGGCAGGGAGGAGGAAUAGGGGGGAUGCCAUCGUCGCUGCCCCCGGGUGCGGUGGUGUCAGGGGCGUACUUGGGACAGGGCGGCAAUAGCAGUAGCACUACUACGUAUAACGACAAUACCCACGAUCAGAACAGUACCAAUACCGGUGGCGGCGACAGCGGCGACCCCCUGAGACACGUCGAAGCCAUGCAGAAAGAGCGCUUCGAGAAGACGCGCGCGGAACUGCUGGCUAGAGCUGCGGGGGGCACGAAUGCGGGAGAAGGGCAGCGGUGGGUUGCGGAACGGUGGCUUGUGGUUUGAUCACGAAGCUCUCGAUCCUUACGAAUUUCUGUAUUUUAUAUCCUUUGCAAGGAACAGCGGAUCUAAAAAGAGGGAGGGGAAAAGUUUGAUGAGGUUAUGUCUAUUACUUACUUGGUAUAAGGUGUUUAUG